AUGGCCAGCUCGGAUGUGGUCAACCGGAAGUCUUCAGCAGCGGAAAAUGGACUUUCAUCAAACUCAAACUCCAACAAUCGUCAGCAGCAACAGCUCCCCUACUGCCUCACCUGCUUCGACAUCCUCUUCGGCGAGCUCUGCGAGGAGUGCGGCGAGCUGAUCGGCUGCGAGGUGGGCGCCAUCAUCCACGAGGGCCGCUCCUGGCACGCCACCGACGCCUGCUUCCGCUGCUCACUUUGCCUGAAGACGCUGCUGGGAAAGCCCUUCCUGCCGGCGAUGGACGGCCGCAUCUACUGCUCGCUGACCUGCAGCCAGGCGAUGGUCAGCCACCAGCGGGAGAAGGCACGGCGGAGCAACCGGUUGCACGGGCUGCAGCAGCAUGAGACGAAUCAGAAGAGGAAUCGGAAUGCCGCGGGAGUUUCUCCUGCAAAGAAUGGAAAUUCUGUUCUGGAAGCGGAGACGGUGAUGCAGCGGCAGCAGCAGCAAAGUCCGGUGACUGGAGUGAAUGGAAACGCCGGUGAUCAGGAGAAAAGUACCGCGAUUUCUGUUACAAAUGAAACAAAAUCUACCACAACCACAACCACCAGCAAUACCAUCAAGGAAAACCGGGACCAGUUUCUCAAGUCGAUGACCCUCAGCCGUUACGAGCAGAAGGUGAAGGCGCAGAACCAGGUUCAGAAUAAUCGAACAGUGGUGAACGGAAGUCCAAAUCUAAAUCAAAACUCCAACAGCAAACAGGAUUGUCCUGUGGAAGACCUCGCAGCCGCUCGGUUGAAGGCCCUCAACCUCAGUCAACUGGUAAAUUACGAGCAGUUCAUUCGCCAGAGCAACCAGUACUUUACCUCCAAGUACGACUGGUCGAAGGAGCAGGAGUUUGCCUCGGCAACGACUGUGACUAUUACUCAGGAAGCAAAUGGAUCCGUGGAUCAACACGAGCAGGCGAUGAGCUCCUCGCUGACGACGGCCACGCUGAGCGACGCCGAGGAGAGCUCCUCAGCAGGCGGCAUCAUCAAACGGCCAUCAAACAUUACCUCCAGUGAGUGCUCCGACUCGCUGGAGAGGAGUUCGCCGGCUUACUUUACCGGAGGUGGUGAUUACCAACUGCACCAGCACCAACAACACCAACAGCAUCGAAAUCAGCAGCUGCAGCAGCACCUGUUGAAUGGGAACAGUUUACAAAUGUAUCCCCAUCACAACCUUUACUCGACGAUUAAUCACAAUAACACCACCAACAACAACAUCUCUUCUAGUCAAACCACCGCCACCACCACCUCCAUUGAUAAUUCUCCUCGUUUCACACUACCACCACUGAACACUCGCACAACAGGUGAUCUUCAAGUGAAGCAAACCUCCUCUUCCUCUCCUUCACCUCAUCACCGUCCUCACCACCAUCAAAUGCCUACUUACUACAAUCUGAGAAAUGGUGAGCUCAUCCACCAAAAGAGCUCAAACUCCGGUUCGCUGCUCAACUCGCCGGCCAACUCAAACUCAAACUCCUCUUCAAACGAGACGCCGCCCUCUUGGACGGUCGCCUCGUCAGGUAAACAGCUUCCAAUGUCACCGCCGCCCGAGUACUCCAAAGUGCUCGGUACGGUGGAGGAUUUUAAAGAUGAAGGAGAAAGUUCUGCGUCGGUCUCUUCGAGCAUCACCGGUGGUGGUCAUCAUCAUCAUCACCAGCAACAAAAGCAGCCUUCACCAGCCAAAAUGACAAAUGGCAUUUUAAAGUCCACCAGCACUGCCAACAGCAACUCCAAAAUCAGUCCACCGCUAAUGGAAGAAACAUUGUUGGUGCAAAAACUGCUGCUCUCCAAAGCGGCCAUAGAAUCAAAGCCAUCGAGCAGCCUGGAAGCCUCGCCCUCGCCGCCGGCGACCAACUCCAACAACAACUCGGUCAACAAUAGCGACGACUCGGACGCCACCAACAACAGCAGCUCACUGCAGCUGAACCUCGGCCACCGGCAGCCCAGCUCGGUGGACACGAACAACAGUCCGAGGCCGGGCCAGUUGUUCCCCAGCUUUGCUCUUCAGCAGCAGCAGCAGCAGCAGCAGCAGUUGUUUCUCAAUCAUCACCACCAACACCUUCACCCUCAGCAAACUUCGACGCCGCUCAGUCAACAACAGCAGCAGCAGCAGAUGAUGAUGCAGAUGAUGUUGAUGCAGCAGCAGCAGCAGCAAAUGCUCCAGCAAAGACCGAUUGCUUCGGGCUCGACUCAGGUCAAUGAAAAGCAGCAGCAGCAGCCCGCCUCGACCACCAAGUCCGUCUCCUUUGACCCGAACAUCGAGGACAAGGACGAAAGUCAGCGACGGUACAUUCGCCGGCUGCGCAGCUCUGCGAGAGCUGCGCAGCCUCGAGGCAGCGGCGGAGGACAUCACCACCACCAGCGGUCAUCAGCAGCUGAAGAACUGCUGCACCACGAGGACUGCAGUGAUUCGCACUCCUGCUCCAGCUGCUCCACCUGUUCGAGCUCCUCCAGCGACGACGAUGAUGACGAUGAUGAUCUGGGCGACUUUGACCUGGUCAACUACCGAGCUCAGCAGAAAGCUAACGGUACCGAGCAGAACAACAGCACCACCACCAACAGCAAUGACGCCUGCAUAAUAUCAUGA